UUCGGAUUGAAGCUCGACAUUAGUAAUCCGACAGUCGUCCGUUCGUGUUACGUCGGUUCGUCAGAUUUGUUCAUUCUAGUAGAUUAGUCGAGACCACUUUUCGUUGUCUAGGUAAUCUGCGUUUUUUGGGUUGUUUCCUUAAUGUAAGCCUGUGAAAUGUGGCCACAAUAUCAAAUAAAGGCAAUAGUGUAGUGGUCUCUUAGUGAUAAGUUUAUUUUCCUCGUUGGAAAAAAAAGUAGUGUAGUGCAUAGCUAAAGAAUUUUUUUGUGCUUUCUGUAGUGAAAGAAAAAUUAUGUUCUGAUUAGCAUAGCUGGAAGGGUAGGGUGGCACUCUUCAGGAUAAAAAUUGUCCCUGAGUUUCUCCACAGCUCUUUACUGGUGUUCCUUGUUUCGAGUGCUAUCUAGCUGUGUUGGUGUGUAUCUCAAAACGAAAAUUUUGUGCAUCAGAAUUCCUAUGCCGUUGUCAGUCAAACAAAGGAGAUAAAUUGUCCAGGAUUCGCGGAUAGUUGCGGCGCAGCUGUGGGAAUCGCACUGUGUCUGCGGAACAGCUGCUAACUAGAUGGUUCGCAAUAAAUACUCCCUGAGCAAUGCUGGCAAAUCGCCGAGUAAAAAAUCACGCACCAUUAGUAAACAACACGAAGCCAGCGACAACGAGGGUGGCGAAGGAAGUUCCGGAGCACCCCUUAUAGACGACGGUUCAGCUGGCACCCAACGAUGUGAUACCGUGCACAAACAAAACCUUUACAUAAUUUCUUUCCCAGUUAUUUUUGUGUUCAAUAUUUUGCGGUCCCUGCUUUACCAAUUGUUCAUUGUUUUUCGAUACAUUUAUAAUUUCACCACCAAAAUUGUUUACAAACCAGUGAAGAAGGAUUGUGGUCUCGAAAUCGUAAUCAACGACCAGAACCAACACCAUCCUUCUAGUCAGUCGCCGCACGAUCUGCAGCAUCAGUUGCAAUUGCAGCAGUACCAUCCGCAACAACAGCAACAACAAGUACAAUCGCAUCCACUGCAGUACUCGAGCAGUGGUGUCCUACUGAACGGUGAAGGACGAGAAAUGUCCGUGCACAGAUCGGCCAGUGGAAGUCAGGUUGGUCCGGGCGAUCCCCUCCUGGCAAAACAAAAACAUCACCACAGGAGAGCUUUCGAGUAUAUUUCGAAAGCGUUGAAGAUUGAUGAGGAGAAUGAAGGUCAAAAAGAACUCGCAAUCGAGCUGUACCGGAAAGGAAUCCUUGAGUUGGAACGUGGAAUCGCUGUGGAAUGCUGGGGUGGCCGAGGGGAAGUUUGGGAGCGAGCUCAACGGUUGCACGACAAAAUGCAGACGAAUCUGUCCAUGGCUCGGGACCGACUUCAUUUCCUAGAAUGCAUGCUAGAGGCACACAAGUUAGAAAUUUCCGAUGCGCACAAACUGCAGCGAUCGAACACAUUCACCCUGAGCACCGGUCAACCGGACAGUUCCAGAGCUACCGAAACACACAAGCGAGCACAGUUUAAAAUUCCCACGACAACCGGUAGUAAACCUUACAGACAGCCAGCGGGGAAAUCAAAUCAGCAGCAAGAAAACCGCAUGUUUACAUUCCAUGACAGUUCCAACACAACCGACACUAGAAGUGCUACUGCUGCAGUUUCGGGAGCUUCCGGUCGAAAAUUGACGGUGGGCUACAAACGACCUGGCAAUCUUGGCGUAAUGAACAAAUCGCAAACGCUGCCCCGUAGCAUGGGAGGAACGAGAACGACUCCGACCGGCAAUGGAGGCAGCACCGUGGGUACUACCGCAGGUGGUAUGCCGAAAAUUGUACCGAAACCAGCAGCCACUCCACCAGCCAUACGGCGCCAGUUUUCGAUCCCGGGCAGUUCACCGAUACGAAAAACAAGCAACGGUUACGGUCAUAGCGGUGGCAAAAAUACCCCUCCGCGUUCCAGAACUCCUCUGGGGACACCUUCGGGCAAUCAAUCUGCCCAACAGCAGCAACAGCAGAUUAAUGUGAAAGGGGUCGAACCGAAGUUGGUUCAAAUCAUCAUGGAUGAGAUAGUCGAAGGUGGUGCCAAGGUGCAAUGGCAGGAUAUUGCUGGUCAGGAAGUGGCAAAACAGGCCCUUCAGGAGAUGGUUAUAUUACCUUCCGUCCGCCCGGAGCUCUUCACCGGACUGCGAACACCUGCCAAGGGUUUGCUGCUUUUCGGUCCUCCAGGAAAUGGGAAAACUCUGUUGGCAAGAGCAGUGGCGACCGAGUGUUCGGCAACGUUUUUCAGCAUAUCAGCUUCUACGCUAACCAGUAAAUACGUAGGUGACGGCGAAAAGCUAGUGCGAGCAUUAUUUGCAGUUGCCAGAGAGAUGCAACCGUCUAUCAUUUUCAUCGAUGAAGUAGAUUCACUCUUAUCCGAGCGUAGUACUGGGGAACAUGAAGCCACUCGCCGAUUGAAAACCGAAUUUCUUGUUCAAUUUGAUGGUUUACCCGCGAAUUCCGAAACAGAUAAAAUUAUUGUGAUGGCAGCAACCAACCGACCACAGGAAUUGGAUGAAGCCGCUCUUCGUCGCUUUCCGAAGCGGGUCUACGUCAUGCUGCCCGAUUUGGACACUCGUGUGGUACUGCUGGAGAAACUACUCGAAAAACAGGGAAGUCCUUUGGGAAGUGCAGACUUGAAGCGACUGGCAGUACUAACUGAUGGUUACUCCGGUUCCGAUUUGACAGCGUUAGCGAAGGAUGCCGCGUUGGAACCCAUCAGAGAGCUUAAUGUAGAGGAAGUGAAAAAUAUGGACCCAACAAAACUACGCUGCAUACGAGAGAGUGAUUUUCACAAUUCACUGAAACGAAUUCGCCGCUCGGUGGCUCCCAACAGUCUGGCGGCGUACGAGAAGUGGUUGAUGGAUUUUGGCGAUGUAACGUUAUAAGCGAACUGGCAGGAUCAGUGCAGUGCCAUCUAGGACCUCUUCUGUGUUUAUCUUUUUAGGUUUAAACACUACUUAAAAUUAGCAGUUGUAUGUUGUAGGGAGAAUAGCGACAAGCAGAAGUGUCUCUUGUUUUGCCACUGAAAAUUGAAAUAGAAUAUAUUGUUAGUCACUGUAGAUACUGUUCAAAUUUAGUUGGUUAGUUUGUGAUUAUUAAAUUCGUUUGUCAAUUAGUUCAACAGAAUUGCAAGGGAGCUAGAUAGCUAACUGUCGGUGACAAGCUUAGUCGAUUUAUUUUCAUUCCUUAAUUUUGUUGAAUCACCGGAGGCAAUCACUAAUUACUAGGACGUCUAGUUAUGUUUCAAUUUCAUUAAGUUUGUGUUCUAACAACAACUUACCAUAUAGCUAAUAAAAUUUCAUCUUAAAACGUCGCAUGCAAAUACGUUCAAAAACAAAACUCACAUUUAUACUGUAAAUAUUAUGCCUAAAAGAAAUACACGUACUCGAGGAACGAACAUUGCUUAGCUAAUCAAACAGCAAAUCCUAUAAUAAUAAUAAUCCUGUCAUCAACUAACGUAUUUUAAAAGCAACAGGUUUUUUUCUGCGAUUUAGUUUACGUAUAAUAGAAAUACUCUUCUUAGUGGCAUUUUAAGUAAAUUUUAAAAGAUCGUCUGAAAUUCAGCUUAAUGCCAAUAAAAACAAAACAGACCGCAUUUUAACCAAUUAAAUAAAUUAUACAACGUAUACCGUUAAUCCGUUACAAUUUAUCUUAGUCAUUUCUGAGUUCCUGUAUUGUAGUGCUACAGUAAUGCGACAUCGAUAGGUUACUUUUAAUAUUGCACUCGAAUUCGUCAUCCUAGCAGGUAAUAUGUUGGUGAGCGUACCCUAACCCUGCGGUGGUCCUUGUUUGAAAGAUAGAAAAAAUAAAUUAGCGACUGUCACAAUCAGUUAGAUGUGGAGAAGUCGAUCGAUCGACUCUGUAGGUUACUGGUGUCGUCGUUUACUAGAAGAGCAACCUGCUCGAAGUAACAAAAAACCAAUGCCGCUCAUCACACUGUUAUUACGCGAUUUAAUACUACAUGAGUUAUUUGGAUGAAGAUUUUCUCGAAAUAUUUCCCAGUGCACUUCUUGAGUGUGAUUGAUUAGUGGCCGUGGUGCGUCGUCUUUAGUUUGGGUACAAGCGCAUGCGAAUUUUAUUCUUUUGAAAUUGCCACAUAUAGAGAGGAAGACAAAGUUAGGUAUUCAAAUCGAACCCAAAACUCAGUUCAGCUCUGAGGUGUUUGAAAAUAAUUUAUACGUAAUGAGUAUUAAUAAAAACUGAAUUCAAGU